GCGUGCGCGGCUGCCGCCCGUUCCCGCCCCAGCGGCCGCCCCGGGCGCGCGCGGGAGCCGCGGCCAUGACGGGCAGCGAUGGGGGCGGCAGCGGCCCCGCGGCGCCCCGCGCCCGGCCGCGCCUCGCCGCCUCGGCCUGAGGGCCUCCGUGCGCGCUGCCUCCUCCGGCGCCUCGCCGCGGGGCCGGGCGGACAUGGCCAGCCCCGACAAGUGGGAGCGCCUGAAGCCGCUGGAGCCGGACACGCUGCGUGUGAGUGAGGCACCAGUGGUCGACCUGAAUGUGCCCAAGGAGACACAGCUUGUGAAAAAAACUGUGGACAUGAAAAGGCCUCGAUUUGAUGCAUCCUUGGUGCUUUUGACACGAAAAUUUAUGGCUCUGCUCAGAAAAGCUCCAGACGGUGUCCUUGAUUUAAAUGAAGUAGCAACAACACUUGGAGUACGAAAACGAAGAGUGUAUGACAUCACCAAUGUGUUGGACGGCAUCGACUUGAUUCAGAAAAGAUCUAAGAAUCAUAUCCAGUGGAUAGGUAACAGUCUUGACCAACUUCUUGGAAAAGCACCGCAGCAGCAGAACCUUAAAGAUGAACUUUCUGACUUAACAGCCAUGGAAGAAGCUCUGGAUGAAUUAAUCAAGAAUUGUGCUCAUCAGAUAUUUGAACUAACAGAUGACAAAGAAAAUGCAAAACUAGCUUAUGUGACAUACCAAGAUAUCCGAAGCAUUCAGGCAUUUCAGGAACAGAUUGUGAUUGCAAUCAAAGCUCCAGAGGAAACCAAAUUGGAGAUACCAGUUCCUAAAGACGAUCACAUAGAAGUACAUGUGAAGAGCACAAAAGGACCUAUUGACGUCUAUCUGUGUGAGGUGGAAAAAGAGAAUCCAGGUGCCAGAACCUGUGAAGAUAUGGAUACUGUCCAUAUCUAGGGAAACUGAGACAUCAUUUUAUCCUGAUGAAGUGAGAUCUCCGAUGGAAGAGAAAAAACCAUUUGAGAUGCCAGAUUAAUUACAACACAAAAAUCUAAUAUAGAAUGUAUUUAUCUCUGUUAUAGGGCUUUUCCAAAGUGCUUGGAUCUGCAGACUUCAUAACCUGAAAUGUUCCAAAGUGUUUUAAAUAACCAGCAGUGGAUUGGUUGAGUGCUUUCACAGGAUUGCUCAUCUUCCCAAGUCAAAAGACAACAGUUUCUGGAGUUGCGUUUAGGAGCUUUGUUUUCUUAAUUGCAUAUGACCUACAGAGCUUUGGGAAAACAAUUUUUUACCUUACAAUUUUAAUUGACAGAAAACAUAGAUCAUCAGUUACUUCCAAAUAUUAAGGUUGGAGAACAGUUUCUGGAACGGUCCACAAUCUGCGUGAGAAUGUAUAAAAUUAAGAAAUGCACUUUUCAGUUCUGAGGCAGCACUACUAAGCAGGAUUGUCAAAUACAAAUGUAACAAGGAAUUCCUGGUGUAUUGGAAGCCUUCUUCUAUAAAGAACAAGCUGUAAAUAUCCUGAGAGUUAUGCCUCACACUGUGUAGACACUUUGCAUCCAGCUCUACAUGAACUAUGGUAUCAACACUGAAGUGAAAUAAUUGGGCUUUGUGUAAAUACUUGUAUCAUUUCUGGGUAGUUACUGAUGUACAUUUAUUGAGAUGGUUUGCAUUUCUGCCUCUGUACAGCAAAGAAAUAAAAUAAGCUUACAAAAAUAUGAAAUAGUCUAGUGAAACAUGUUGGGUUGCCUUUGCUGCAGUUCACUGAGUAACUACAAACAUUUUAAAUUAUGUGAACAUUUAAAAUUAAAAUUAAAAAAUACUUUA